AUGGCGCCAUUUGAAGCUCUUUAUGGACAUCCCUAUAGACCAUCGGUGUGUUGGAAAGAAGUUAGAGACUCAUCUAUGCUUGGGCCAAAGUUAGUUCAUGAGACAACUGAAAAAGUAGCCCUUAUUCGACGAAGAUUAGUCACUGCUCAAAGCCAACAGAAAAGCUAUGCCGAUCGUUGUCGAAGGCCCUUGUCUUUUGAAGUUGGGGAUCAUGUGUUCUUGAAGAUCUCUCCGAGGAAGGGAUUAAUGAGAUUUGGCGAGAGUGGAAAGUUAUCUCCUCGAUUUAUUGGCUCCUUUGACAUUAUCGAAUGGAUUAAAGAAGUUGCAUAUCAUUUUGCCUUACUGCCACAACUCUCCAGAGUCCAUAAUGUGUUUCAUAUGUCUAUGCUUCGCAAGUACGAACCAAAUCCCUCUCACGUGUUAGAUUGGAUGGAGAUUGAAGUUGAUAAAGAUGUGUCUUAUGAAGAAAAACCAAUCCAAAUUCUUGAUACACGGGAGCAAGUGCUAAGGGGCAAGACAAUUCCAUUAGUUAAAGUAUUAUGGCUCCAUCACGAUGUUGAAGAAAUGACAUGGGAACGUGAAGCUGAGGUCCGCAAGAAAUACCCGGACUUAUUUUCAAAUUUGUGA